AUUGGAUCCUCUAAGCCCCGCCCCCUGUCUUUAAUCCAAGGCUGCACCCCUGGCUUCCCGAAGCAAUUUACACUUUGCAGAAGGCUAAGGUGUUGGGGGGAGUGUGGCUGCCUGGACACUUAACAGUACCCGAGGAUUUAAUUAUACCAGCAGCAGGCUUCAGAAGAACGUCGCCAGGAAAGGCACCGAUCACGCCAUGAAGUUUCUUCCUGCCAUUCUUGCCGUACUGUGUUGCAUUGCUGCUAGCCUAACAUGGGCUGCCAAAAUUGUCAUUGUGCCUCCAAUCAUGUUUGAGAGUCAUCUGUACAUCUUUAAAACUCUUGCCUCUGCUUUACACCAGGAUGGGCAUGACAGUGUGUUCCUUGUGUCCGAGGGCCGUGAGGUUCCCCCUUCUACGCAGUACCGCCUGCAACGUUACCCUGGCAUUUUUAACAGUACAACGGCUGAUGACUUUCUGCAGUCCAAGAUGAAAAACAUCUUUUCUGGGCGACUAACAGCCCUGGAACUCUUUGAUAUUUUAGAGCAUUACUCCCAAAACUGUGAUUUAAUGGUUGGUAACCAGGACCUCAUGGAUCGCCUCCGGGAGGAAAAAUUUGACCUGCUUUUAGUAGACCCCAAUGAAAUGUGCGGGUUUGUAAUUGCACAUCUGCUCAGGGUAAGGUAUGCCGUCUUCAGCACCGGCCUGUGGUACCCAGCUGAAGUUGGAGCCCCAGCCCCCUUGGCAUUUGUUCCAGAGUUCAAUUCUUUGCUUACGGACAGGAUGAGUUUUUUCCAAAGGAUUACAAACACAGCCGUCUAUGUGGUUUCACGUUUUGGAGUGCAAUUUCUGGUAUUGCCAAGGUAUGACCGGAUCAUAAAGAAAUAUAAUAUACAACCUGCGGCGUCCAUGUACGACUUGGUCCAAAGGAGCAGCCUGUGGAUGCUCUGCACAGACGUGGCCCUGGAAUUUCCACGUCCUACUUUACCUCAUGUAGUCUACGUGGGUGGAAUCCUCACCAAACCACCCAGCCCUCUGCCUGAAGAAUUUCUGUCCUGGGCUGAUGCAACAGAAGACACUGGUUUUGUUUUAGUCUCAUUUGGAGCUGGAGUCAAGUACCUAUCUGAUGAUAUUGCACAUAAAUUGGCUGGAGCACUUGGGCGUCUUCCUCAGAAGGUGAUCUGGAGAUUCUCUGGAACAAAGCCCAGCAACUUGGCAAAUAAUACAAAACUCGUGGAAUGGAUGCCACAGAAUGAUCUUCUAGGCCACUCCAAUAUACGAGCAUUUCUAAGCCACGGAGGUCUCAAUAGUAUCUAUGAAGCAAUGUACCAUGGUGUGCCUGUUGUUGGAAUUCCAUUGUUUGGAGACCACUAUGAUACCAUGACACGUGUCCAAGCAAAAGGAAUGGGGAUUCUUCUAGAGUGGAAGAAGAUGAGCGAAGACGAUUUGUUUGAAGCUAUGGUUAACGUGAUGAAUGAUUCAAGGUACAAACAACAAGCUAUUCUGCUUUCUAAUAUUCAUAAAGACCAGCCAGGCCACCCUGUGAGUCGUACGCUCUACUGGAUCAACUACAUCCUACGUCACAAAGGAGCGGAGCAUCUUCGUGCAGCUGUGUACAACAUCCCUUUUUAUCAGUAUUUCCUCUUGGAUGUAGUUGCAGUUUUAAUACUAGGGACACUUAUCAUACUGUAUAUAUUGAUAAGAAUAUGGAAAUUUCUGGCUUCUACAUUCAAGUCUGGCUGUGAGCAUAGCAAGGCCAAUGGCUUCUGCCAUAAUGGUAUUCCAAAUGGAAAAUAUAGACGGAAUGGCCACAUUAAACAUGAUAAAAAAGUAAAAUAAGUAAAGUAAGCUAGUCAUUUCUUAAUUUUGUGGCUAAAAGUUAGCGAUUUUCACAUUUUUUUUUAAAUUUAUUACACUGUUUCAUUGUGUGAGUGCAUGUGUGUUUUUUUUUUUUUUGGUCUAAUACACAACUACUAUACUGAUUUCAAUUUUCAGGAAAAUAUUUGAACAAAACCAAAACUUCUUUUAACUAUAUUUUACUAAUUUUCAGCCUGGAGGGCAUAUCUGAGACUGUUUUGAUAAGCACAGCUGCAUAAAAUGUCGUGUUUCUUCACUCAAGCCUUAACUUAUAAAUUAGACAGAUGUGACUGGAUAUGUGUGAGCGAAUAUAAGUGCGCGUGUGUAUGCAUCUGAACACUGAAAAAUUCUUAGCGAGAUGCUUUAUGAAGUGGCCUUAAAAGAACUAAUAGAAUGAUUUUCAAAUACACGCUGUAAAUAGAAAAAUUAAUUUAACAUUUUACAUUGGUGUCAUUUUCAGAUGACGAGGUUAACGUUUAAAGCUGCUCCAUGCCGAGACAUCAUGUUUAUUUGAAAUUUCUAUUUAUAGAGUGCUCUCACAUUUCUUUUUUGUUGCGUAUGUUUGUACGAACGAGUUAUAUUUAUAAUGUUGAAAUACACUUUUUUUUUUUUCUAUGUUGUAACCUUUGUCAGUUUUUUGGUUUUUUGGUAAUUUGGAUUCAUUCAGUGACAGAAACUGAUCUUCACAAACUUAUUAUUCUAUUUUUUUUUUUUAAUUGUACUCCCCACAUACAGUGCUGUUUUCCUUUAAUCAGACUUUUUGAAUGUCCCAAAAGCUUUUCUUUUUGUUUUAUAAUUGUGUUUCCCAGGUGUUUAUGGUCUAUAGUCAAAUUUUCAUAAACUGCGUGUUUAUUUAUGGAAAAACAUUAUAUUUUUUAAUUAUUCAAUGUUAUUAUAUUAUCUAGCCUUGAAAUGUUUUAGACAGAUAAUCACAAUCUGCUGCUAACUUGCAGGAUUUUUUUUUUUUUUUGAUUUCAACAUGAAGACAUUAAGAAAGAAACUGCCACAUUUUGUUGAUUCAGCUCCAUGAAAAAUGCCUUAGUCGAUUAGUUCUUCCAUCAAUAUAUAAUAUAAAACCAUGCAGGGCUAGCAAAUUAGAAACAUUUAUGUUUUUGAAAGGAGUCACUCACCUUUACUUGUCACCUUUAAUGUAGUUUGAAAUGUUUCUUCCAUAAUUUUAUUUGUUGUACAGUUUCCUAAAUAGGGGUGCUAACCUGUGGUGCUAUAAAUUUAUAUUUUUCUUGUUUAUUUGUCAAAAAAAAUAUUCUCUAUUAUCGACACUCCAGCUAUGCUCAAUUGUUUUAACAAUUAUUGAAAAAAGUACAUCUAUUUUCAGAAUACACUUUUCCAGUUGAGCAUCUUGAAAAUUUUUAGUUUUAAUGAUCCUUUUUAACUGCAUUAUAUUAAAAAUCAGAUAAGAUACCCCUCUCCCUUUUCAUCUAAAAGGGUUUCAUAUGAAAAAUAAAAUAAAAAUAAAGGUCAGCCAUGUUUUUCUAUCUUUUCAUAGAGAAAGGUACUACUUCAUGUGCAAGCUUUAAUAAAAGCGAAGCAAUGCAGGCUUUUUUAUUAUGAUCACCAGAAACGACCCAACCAGUGACAUCGGUGGUCUAAUAUUGAGCAUAUACAGUAGAAGAACUUUAGAAUCCAAUCAGCAGCAUCGGUCUAACCGCCUUCUUUGGAUUGUGAUUUCUUCCACCAGUUCAAUACUAGACCAGGGACAUCUUCGGCCCACUCUUCUCUGCUCAUUUUAUAUGAAAACCAAAGCAUUAUUUCGCUAAGGUGAUUUUUUUUCAAAGUUGCCACACAAAACAGCACUUUUUUGCUGUUACAAAAACAUGAUUGGUCCUAAUUACCCUAAUACAGAAGCUGAGAGAGGACGUGCAAUAUUGUUAUUUUUUUUAAUUGUUUCCUCGAGAUAAUGGACUGAUUUCAUCGAGAUCUCGAGAAAAUGAACUUUGUUUUCUCAAGAUAACGGAAUAAAUUUCUCAAGAUCUCGAUAAAACAAAAGAUCUUGUUUUCUCAAAAUUAUUAAAUAAUUGUAUCUAACGUUUAAUGUUUAGCUGAUUGAAGCCACGUCCUGUUUGAAAUGGCAGAAGAGCAGAACGGUAUUGAUCAGCAUGUCACAUUUUUGUUCAAUCAAGGGCUGACACAGGCUAAAAUAUGUUUAUGCUUUAGUUUAGAAAAUAAUGUUAGUGUCCAUCAUUUAAGAAGAUGCAAUCUAAGCGAGCCUGAUGCCAGGAGCAAAGUUUAAGUUUUGUUUUCUCAAGAUCACAAUAAAAUUAUUUCAUUAUCUCGAGAAAACAAAGUUCAUUUUCUCAAGAUCUUGAUAAAAUCAGUCUGUUGUCUCGAGAAGACAAUUUAAAAAAUAACGAUAUUGCACAUCCUCUCUCGGCUUCCGUACCCUAAAGGUUUUUGAGCAAGCUCAAUAAAUUCUGCACAACAUUCAUACAUUUUAGCAAAUUCUGAAGGACUUUGGAAACAUUACUCAUUAAGCAAAUUCAUUUUAUUUUUCUAGUGUUACUUUUUGUACUAGAAGUAUAUACUUUGGGCUAGGAUUUGUACAGUUAUAACACAGGGUGCCAGCAGUCUGUUAUCACAAUGACUGUUUAUUAAGCAAUAAGGUCACAUUGUCACCAGAAACAGCGCUCUUAAGCCGUAUUCAGGCAGUUCUCCUUUUAAACCAGGAGAUCGAGUAAAGUAAUUAUUACCAGAGGACCUCUGUCAUUUUUUAAGGCCUAUCCAGACAGGAGUAGGCUUACACCUGAGGUGUGGUAAACAAAUUACUACGGAAGAGCCUCUGUAAUUCUAAUCUCAUCCUGCGGCUUAAAUGACUGAAUUUUACUGACAUGUUGACUGAAACAGGACUAGUUUAACCAGGGGUGAUUUUUUUAAAGACUUCUUAAAGAAGUUAAUAUGCUUCAUAAUCUUAACUGAGAUGUGAACAUGCAGUCCGUAAAAAGUUAUUGAUAUGAGCGACACAGAUGGGAUUUACACCAUCUCCUGGUGUAAAACUAAUCCCACCUGAUGGAGACUUUAGAGGAUUCUAAACUGUUGUGAACCCAAGGCUGUUUGUCUGUGUUUGAUUUCUUUCCAUGAUUUUGGGUUUUCCUCCCAAAUUCCUGACACGAGAAGGGGAAUCUGAAUUAGUCUAGUACAUGUAAUUAUGUGUUACGGACACUGCGAUACUGAUACUGACACUAAACUGGGCAGAGCAGAUCUGAAAUGGGAUCCAUGGCUUACCUUUAAUGCACAUCUACACUUUGCACAGUCAUGCAGUGGAAGUGCAUCUCAGGAUUUUCCCUGGCAGGUGUUAUUUAGAGAAAUAUGAAAAGCACAACUUUGCAUAUGACAUAAUGAAUGACAUCUACUAUGUCAAUGAACUUAAUACUCACAUUUUUGUGUUAAACGGGAAUAAUUGGUGUAAUAAGAACACAAAAGAGAUCAUAAAGAGUUUGGGCAAAAGAUGAUGAUCCACAUAUAAUUGAAGGCACACAAAAAAAAAAGAUUUUCAGUCCAUCAUUAUAAAUUGAUUCCACACACAAGUCCAAACAAUGACUGAGGAUAAUAUGGAGAUGGAGUUGCUUAUAAGGCAGGGUUGCCAGAAGGGGUGUUUUAAAUAACUAGAAGCCGGGAGUGACAUGUAUCUUCACACUGUCAAUCUUCAGGUAUGCAGACAAGAAAGGAAGAGAGACAUUAGGUGACAGCUCCAACACUCAGUUCGUGGUCGAAUUACCACUUGAUGAGCCCAGAAGUUGUCUCCUACGCACAGGUGUUUGACAUUAGUUUAAUUAACAUGGUGGCUCAGUGGCUACUAGUGCUGCUUUACGACACCAGUUCACCAUCUCAACGCCCACCACACCAGAAAUAACAUGAGCUAUACAAUUAGGGAAAAUACUCCUUAAAUGAAGAAUAGUCGUAAGUUAGUAAUCAAAGCAAGAUGGAUGUCUUUUAUUACAACAAGCUUGAACGAAGCCCAGUGCACUUAAUCAAUCCAGUGUAGCUGACUGACAAAAAUCACAAAGCAUUGGCCUUAAAUAAAGCAGGUUCAUUUACAUAGCACAGUUUAUGAAGCAUUUCAGUUUCCACCAAUCAAAAUUUUGAUAGACAUUAUACAAUUAUAAUACCUAUGUCUUAAAAGUAUCUAAAGAUCCUGAAAUAGUUUAACAGUUUAAAUGUCUUUAGCACACACACAUUUACCUCAGAAGAGAAACGUUAUUUAUGAAUACUUAAAAGUAACAUGUACUUAAUUAUAAUUAUCUCAUCAUUCCCUUAGUGAUUUGUGCCAGCUAUAAAUGUUACAGAUUGUCUUAGUUAAACAUAUUUUGAGGCACUUCACAAAUCCACUCAGCACGUGUUUCCCUUACAGUUACUGUAUAUUAACUAUUUUUUUCCCCGUCGAAGUUUGUGAAUAGUUGUCCUCUGUGAUUUCACUGGCAUCUCAUUGGGAUUUGCUCCUACAUUUUUGGAUAGGCCCAAAUUCCUACUGACACUAUACUGGAAAAGGCGUGUUCAUAAAAUGGAUGCAGUUUUUUAUGACUAUGGAGCAAGUAAAAAGUCAGUCAGUCAGUCAUUUUCUAUCCCACUUAGUCCUGAACAGGGUCACAGGGGGUUGAUGGAGUCUAUCCCAGCUAGCUUAGGGCGCAAGACAGGAACAAACCCCGGACAGGGCGCCAAUCCAUCACAGUGUACCUCUUCAGAUGUUCUUCUUUCCCUAUAUUCGACCUAAAAUGACUAGUCUCUUCAUGCAUUAUUUAUGGAAUUCUAAGCAGCAACUUAAUGUAAAGAAUAAAAAUAAUAAUAAUAAUGAAUUACAAUGCACUAGUUAACUGUUUUAAACUUUGAAACUCUAUUUUUGAAACUGGUUGACAUUUUUCCAAACCCUCUUAUUCCAAUGCAAGGUUGCAGAUUUUUAUGAUGCAUGUACAGUAAUUAUGGGUUGCAACCACCAUUGCACAAGAUCGCCAACAUUUUUAUAUUUAAACCUGGGAUACACAAUUUCCCCAUCCCUUACAUUUAAGUUUAUUUCCUUUUUUUUAAUAUACUGCUAAAAACAUUUAUACUAUCUUGUUGUAUGAGAUGGUUUACUUGAUAAUUGUGUCUUAUUUGAGUUGCUAUUUAUGCAGCCCUAAAAAAGCUGUGUUGCAGAGGAACUUCAUAUUUUUUAGGUCACCUGAGAGAGCAACAAAAUAUUUUGGAACUUCACUGACUUUUACACUGUGAUUUAAAAUAAUUGCAGCGCCAUCCUGCUAGGAGCAGACACUUGUACUGUAGUAGUAGUGGUAGUAGUAAGGGGGGGAAAUAGAGAACAACUUUUAUCAAUACUUGAACAAAUGAAUAUCAGCAAAUUAUGAAUGUUUUUGAAAAUGUUAACAAUAAGGUGUCUUUAGGCUAUGAAUAGUGGGAUGGUUAAAAAGUGUAUGAAAGCACUCCUGACUGCUGCUGUUUUAAAAGUUUUAGUAUUAAUAGCUAGCAAAACUACUUUUAAAUGCUGCAGCUGAAGCAGUUAUAUAUUGUAAAAUAUUAAUACAAAUUAAAGCAAUAAAAAAGUAACGUUUCAGUGGCUUUUCACUCUUUAAAUUCUCAGUGAAAUAUAACAUUACUAGUACAUCCAGCAGUUUCAUGAAUGUGGAAGAUGGAUUUAGCUUGGAAGUCGGUGUACCAUGGAGUUUUUGUGAAGAUAAUGUAGGCGCUCCAUCAUUCUUCGGACAGGGGUGACAUUUUGAUUGAGUGUCAUUGAGGACAUCAACCAGCCUAUCGGGCAGAAUUUGGUUGGCUCUGUUUUUCUGUUCUACAGAAACAAAUACAGGUAACUGUGUGGCAGCUGACAUCCAAAAAUAUGUUGUUCAUAGUUGUCUAUAUUGUAAAUAUAACAUGUAAUUAAAAAGCAUCUAAUGAAGAAUAAAUUUUA